ACCGAAUUUGGAUGCUCUGCUUGAUGACUAAGGGAGCUGCUCCCCCACAUGCAGCCGUCGACUUGAGUCGAUGUCAUUUGGGACACUGACGGCGUCACAAGAGUACAAUAAUCGUGUGCAGCCGUGUAUUCAGUGGUGCCCACAGUCAGAGAUGGAGAGAUGUGUGCAUGAGAUUUUGAAGAGUAUUGAAGCAGGUGAAACUGUGAAACUGCCAGGUUGACCAAUGCGAAUGCGCCAGAGUAGGACGGUGCUGUGCAGAUCGAUUGCAUCACAGGGACUGCAGCCCGGUUGACGUCGUUGCCCUCUUUCUGCCCGCUCCCUCCUUCAUCACGCUCACUCCAUCACAACAGAAUACAAAAUGAGAUCAGUAUUGUCAUUGCUGCCAUUGGCAGCCUUCGCGUUGGCUCAACAGCAUCAAGUUGCCAUCAAAGAAGACAACAUCCAGCCAGUACGGCCGUUGGUUCAAGAGGCAAUCUCCCUCCUAGGCUUCGGCACGUGGAGGUUGACGGACAACACUUCAGAGGCCGUGUCCUGGGCGAUUCAAACCGGCUAUCGACACAUUGACUGUGCCGCCGCUUACGGGAAUGAGAGAGAAGUCGGGGAAGGUAUUCGAGAUGGCUUGGCCAAGACGGGCUUGUCGAGAGACGACUUGUGGAUUACGAGCAAGCUGUGGAAUGACCAACACGACCCCAAGAAGGUAGAAGCCGCCAUUGACGCCUCAAUCGAGAAGCUCGGCGUCGGCUACCUCAAUCUCUACCUCAUGCACUGGUCCGUGGCCCAGAACGCCAUCGGCCUCAAUUACAUCGACUACCUCGACACCUGGGAGGCAAUGGAAGACCUGGUCGACAAGGGCAAGACGCACCACAUCGGCGUGGCGAACUUCAGCCCGCAUGAGAUCAAGGAAGUGCUCAAGCACAGCAAGUCGCACCCGCCGCAGGUCCAUCAGAUGGAGCUCCAUCCCUACCUCCAGCAAGCCGACUUUGUCAAGUGGCAUCAGGACCACAAUAUCCACGUCACGGCUUACUCGCCAUUCGCUGGCACCAACCCCGUCUAUGGCCCCGGCGACGAUGCGCCAACGCCUCUGCUGAACAACAGUGUGAUCAAAGAAAUCGCCAAAGACCGCGACUGCACCCCUGCGCAGGUUGCCAUCAUGUGGGGACUCACACGUGGCACCAGCGUCAUUCCCAAGUCCAGCCACAAGGAAUACAUCACCGAGAAUCUGUAUUCGCUGCAGUGCAUCUUGGAGGAGGAGGAUCUGAAGAAGAUCCAUAAGUUGGGCAAGGAGCAUUUCCGCUUCAACAACCCCGCGGCCAGUUGGGGCGUGCCCUUGUACGAAGACCUGGAGGACAGUCUUGGAGAGCACAAGGAACACUCGUGAUGGUCGUUCAGACGAAAACAUUGCCUCUGCUCGAGCAGGCGAACGUACAGAAACAGUCACCAGAUAUCAAAAGUAUUGACAUGUAUCCGUUU